AGAACUGUACUGGGCACGCGCAGCACGGCCAUCGGCUUGCAAAAUACGAUUUUUUACUGACCCAGGGGUGUUUUUGCUGGUGAUUAUGUCUACUUUGCGCAGGUUGCGGGAGGCGCCACGACACUUGCUGGUGUGCGAGAAAUCCAAUUUCGGCCAUGACAAGUCCCGGCACCGGCAGCACGUGCAGACGCACUACCACAACUACAGGGUAUCAUUUCUGAUUCCUGAAUGUGGGAUACUAUCAAAAGAACUGAAAAAUAUUGUCAUGGAGGUUGGACCCUACUACUUGGUGAAGAAUUUACCUCUUCAUGAAUUAAUUGUACAUGAUUUCAUCAAUAACUUUGUGAAAAAAGGUUCCUGUUAUGCCCUAACAUACAAUACAAAUAUUGAUCAAGACAAUACUGUUGCCCUGUUACCCAACGGAAAACUAAUUUUGUCCCUGGAUAAGGACACUUAUGAAGAAACUGGACUUCAGGGUCAUCCAUCUCGAUACUCUGGCAGAAAAGUCAUGAGAUACAUUGUUACCCUUGAUUUGAUGGAUUCCUCCUUCAAUCCUGAGUCCAAGAAGUAUAAAAGAGCAUCUUGGGCCUUCAGUGAAAAGAAACCACUGAAAUUCAAUUUCCUUUUGGCUUGGCAUCAUGAAGGUGCAGAACAGUCAAGAGUGAUGUCAUACUUUUCCAAAUACCAAAUUCAAGAGCAUCAGCCAAAAAUAACAUUUAGCACAUUGAGAGAUCUUCAGUGUCCAGUGCUGCAGAGUGGAGAACUUGAGGGGAAGCCUGAAGAAUCCUGCAGUGCACCAGAACUGUUUGACUGGCUUGGUGCUGUCUUCAGUAAUGUAGAGUUAAAUAAUCAGUCAUUCAGUUUUGUAUCAACCUAUUGCUGUCCUCAACCAAGUGUAUUGGUAGAAAAAGCUUAUUUGUGCACAAUCACUGGCUUCAUAGUAUCUGAGAAGAUAUGCCUGUUACUGGAACAGCUGUGUCACUAUUUUGAUGACCCAAAGUUAACUCCUUGGGUCUCCUUGUCUGUUCAGGGCUUUGCAGACAGCCCUGUAUCUUGGAGAGAAAAUGAACAUGGAUUUCGAAAAGGAGGAGAACACUUGUACAACUUUGUGAUUUUCAACAAUCAGGACUACUGGCUUCAGAUGGCUGUGGGAGCCAAUGAUGACUGUCCACCAUGAGAAUAAAGAUACUUGUGAUUUUUUUUUCCUCUGGUACACUUUGGAAGCCUUCAUUCCAAGGAAGUUGCAUAUUUAGGAUGUUUAUAUAACAUGAUUUGUUUUUAUACCAAGACUGAUGUUUUGUUUUGAGGUGUUGUUUGCUGUGGUGACCAGAAUUUUCCCCCCACAACAUUUUUAAGCUAAUUUCAGAGUUUUGGGAUAACCUGAUGAAGUGACUGCCAGUUAUUUUGUGUUUUUGUAAAACGUCUAAUGCUAGUGUUGCUUCUCUGCAGCUGCAGCAAGCCAAGACUGCGAGCUGCUAGGCCAAGGGCUGUGUAGGACAAUGAACUAGCAAAGCCCUGCAGCUUGUAGAGAACCAGCUCUCUGGUUUGUUUGUGUGAACUGAGAAAAAGAAAAGAUGAGCUAAACCCCAGACCCUCAUGUCUCAGGCAAGUCGGCCAGAUUCAGCACCUCUUGAUUUAACUGGAGGAAACAGCCCAAGCACCAAUGAGAUCUAUUUUUAGAUACACUGUAUGGUUGUGAUUGGUGAUCCAGUGAUCAAGGUAAACUCCCUUUUGAUUUGGUUAAAAAUGGCCAGUUGGGUAUGAGUUGAUAUUCAUUAAAGCCAGAGAUGAAGUUUUUUCUGCAGCUUCCAAGAUAUGCAGUACUGAUUACAGCAGAAAGAUUAUAUUCAUCCAACACAGAAGUUCUUAACUCAAGGUUUGGGUAUUUGUUUUUAAAAAAAUAUUUUGAUAAUAAUACUUCAAAAUAAUUGCUUUUCUUUGUAAACUUAUGCAUUUUAAUAGUAUUUUUACCCUAAUCACAUGUCAAAACAAUUUUUAGCAUUCAUUUUUACAAGACUUUGAGUUCCAAAUUUUUUCCCCUUACCCUCUCCACUCCUUUCUUCCUAAAAUGGUUAUUUUAUAUAGGUUAUACAUGUUAUCAUGUAAAACAGUUCCAUACUAGUCACAAUUAUGAAAGAAGAAACAGAUCAGAAGGUAAAUAGGAUUUUUCAAAUUCUUAUUCCUUUUUUAUCACUAUUUAACUAAACCUUUUUUUCAGCAACUAUAUGACACAAUGGAUAGAGCAUUGGCCCAGAAAAAUCCAAGUUCAAAUUCAGCCUCAGAUACUUAACACUUGCUAGCUGUGUGUGAGUUAACCUUGCCAAAAAACAAAGAGAGAGGAGAGAGAAAAGUAUGCUCUUAUCAGAGUCAUCAGUUCUUUAUCUGGAUGUGGAUUGAUUUUCCUUAUCUUGGGUCAUUAUGUUGCUGAGGAGAGCUGAGUCAUUCAUAGUUGAUCCUCCCACAAUGUUGUUGAUACUGUGUACAAUGUUUUCCUGGUUCUGCUCAUUUUAUUUUGCACCAGUUCAUUCGAGUCUUUCCAGCUUUUCCUGAAAUCUGUUAAUUUAUUAUUUCUUAUAGCUUGUUCAGGCAUUCCCCAAUUAAUGGGCAACCCCUAAUUUUCCAAUAUUUUGCAACCACAAAAAGAGUUGCUAUAAACAUUUUUGCACAUGUGGAUCCUUUUCCCUCUUUUAUGAUCUUUAUGGUAUAUAGAACUAGUAGUAGUAUUGCUAGGUCAAAGGGUAUGCAGAGUUUGGUAGCCUUUUGGGCAUAUUUCCAAAUUACUUUCCAGAAUGAUUGGAUCAAUUUACAAUUCCACCAAUAGUGCAUUAGUGUCCCAAUUUUCCCAUAUCCUUUUCAACAUUUAUCAUUCUCCUUUUUUAGUCAUAUUAGCCAAUCUGAUGGGUGUGAGGUGUUCUCAGAGUUGUUUUAAUUUGCAUUUUUCUAAUUAAAAGUGAUUUAGAGCAUUUCUUCCUAUACCUAUAGGUUUUGAUUUCUUCAUCUGAAAACUGCCUGUUCAUAUCCUUUGACUAUUUAUCAGUUGAGGAAUGGCUUGUAUUCUUAUAAAUUCAACUCAGUUCUCUAUAUAUUUGAGAAAUGGGACCUUUAUCUGAGACACUUACUGUAAAAAUUGUUUCCCAGUUUUCUUAUUUCCUUCUGAGCUUGGUUUUGCACAGGUUUUGUUUGUGCAAAAGCUUGGUAUUUAAUAUAAUCAAAAUCAUCUAUUUUAUAUUUUGUAAUAUUCUCUGUCUUUUCUUUGGUCAUGAACCUCCAACUCAGUUAAUUUCUCCUUUAAGAAUUUGUAUGCUACGCCAUUUGGUACAUAUGUUUAAUUUUGAUAUUACUUUAUUGUCUAUGAUACCUUUCAGCAAACUGUAGUUUCCUUUCCUUUUGAAUUAGAUCUGUUUUUGCUUUUGUUUUAUCUAAGUUCAGGAUAAUUUCAGGAUUGCUACCCCUAAUUUUUUUUUUUUUUACUUUUGCUGAAGCAUAAUAGAUUCUGCUCCAGCCUUUUAUUUUUAUUCUCUGUGUAAAUCUCUGCUUCAAGUGUGUUCUUGUAAAUAACAUAUUGUAGGAUUCUGUUUUUUAAUCCUGACUGAUAUCUGUUUUCAUUUUAUGGGAGAGUUCACACCAUUCACCUUCACAGUUAUGAUUCCUAACUGUAUUUCCCUCCAUCCUAUUUUUCCUCCUGUUUGUCCUUUCUCUCUCCUUUCACCCUUUCUCUCCCCAACAGUGUUUUGCUUCUGCCUACUCCUUCCCCUGAUCUUCCCUCUCAUCUGUAAGUUUCUCCACAUACUCCACUUUAUGCAUUUAAAAAUACUCUUCUGAGAAAGAGUCCAUAGACCUUUUCACUAAAUUGCCAAAGGAGUCCAUGACACACAAAGGUUAUUUUUAAACCUUCCUUCCAUUUAACUGUUAACCAUUCUUCCAGUUUCUAAUAAAGCAAGCAUGUUUGUCAUUCCAAUGACUGUAAUUUAAAGGAAAUUGGGACCAUACUUCGAUUGGGAAUCUAGAAUCACAUUUUAAAGCUGGAUGUCUCAUUAGAAGUCAUCUUACCUGAAUGUUGGAGGGGAUGUGGGAAAACUGGGACACUAAUGCAUUGUUGGUGGAGUUGUGAACGAAUCCAACCAUUCUGGAGAGCAAUCUGGAAUUAUGCCCAAAAAAUUAUCAAAUUGUGCAUACCUUUUGAUCCAGCAGUGUUUCUAUUGGGCUUAUAUCCCAAAGAAAUACUAAAGAAGGGAAAGGGACCUGUAUGUGCCAAAAUGUUUGUAGCAGCCCUAUUUGUAGUGGCUAGAAACUGGAAAAUGAAUGGAUGCCCAUCAAUUAGAGAAUGGCUGGGUAAAUUGUGGUAUAUGAAUGUUAUGGAAUAUUAUUGUUCUGUAAGAAAUGACCAGCAGGAUGAAUACAGAGAGGCUUGGAGAGACUUACAUGAACUAAUGCUAAGUGAAAUGAGCAGAACCAGGAGAUCAUUAUACACUUCGACAACGAUAUUGUAUGAGGACAUAUUUUGAUGGAAGUGGAUUUCUUUGACAAAGAGACCUAACUGAGUUUCAAUUGAUCAAGGAUGGACAAAAGCAGCUACACCCAAAGAAAGAACACUGGGAAACGAAUGUGAACUAUCUGCAUUUUUGUUUUUCUUCCCAGGUUAUUUAUACCUUCUGAAUCCAAUUCUCCCUAUGCAACAAGAGAACUGUUCGGUUCUGCAAACAUAUAUUGUAUCUAGGAUAUACUGCAACAUAUCCAACAUAUAAAGGACUGCUUGCCAUCUAGGGGAGUGGGUGGAGGGAGGGAGGGGGAAAAAAUCGGAAAAGAAACGAGUGCAAGGGAUAAUGUUGUCAAUAUAAAGUAAUCAUUAAAUAAAAAUUUAAAAAAAAAAAAAGUCAUCUUACCCAACCUCACCAAAUCACUCUCACGUUUUCUCAUCCCUGAAAUGUUACAUAAGAUUAUUUCUGAGAUUGUUUUCAGUUUUAGAUUUAUUAUUCUACAAUAUAGAAAAAUUCUGUCAAGUCCAUAAAACUCUAAAUUAACAUUUAUUUUUGUUAUCUUUAAAUGUUUUUCCAAUUACAUGUAAUGACAAAUUUUAAUGUUUUUUAAAUUCUGAAUUCCAAAUUUUCUCCCUCCUUUUUUCACUCCCCCCUUUAAGACAGUAAGGUUUGAUAUGGGUCAUGUUGUGAAAAAAGAAACCAACCAAAAGGGAAAAAAAAAAAGUGAAAAUAGUAUGGCUUUGAUCCACAUUCAGUCUAUCAAUUCUUUUUUUUGGAUGUGAACAGCAUUUUUCAUCAUGAGUCCUUUUGGAAUUGUCUUGGAUCAUUGUAUUACUAAGAAUAACUAUGUCAUUCAUAGUUGACCAUUGUACAAUGUUAUUGUUUCUGUGUAAAAUGUUCUAAUUCUGUUCACUUCCUUUUGCAUCAGCAAGUCUUUCCAGGUUUUUCUGAAAUCUGCCUUAACAUAUUUUAAUAUUCAGUAACUUCAAAGCAAAUUUGGUAUUAGGAGAAGGCAAAAAAAAAAAAGUUGGAAUUUAUUAUUUAGGAGUAAGAAAUAAAAGAAACUAAAGACUGAAAGACCAUGCAAAAUCCUCACACCUGUUUAUCAGUAAUAUUGCCUUCAAAACCAAGCAUAGUGACCCAUGACUUAAUUAUGCUAAUAGGGAGGCUAAAGUUGGUGGAUCUCUUGAGCUGCAGAAGACAAAAACUGAUCAGAUUUCUACACUAAUUCUAGCACCAAUAAGAUGAGUCCCAAGCAAGGUGGGUUGCCUAAGGAGGGGCAAAUUAGCCCAAGUCAGAGAUGGAGUAGUUCAAAUUCCCAUGUCUAUCAACAGAUACUGAAGCCUAUGAAAGAUCACUCCAUUACCAACCUGAGUGAAAUAGAGAAGCUCAGUCUUAAAAAAAAAAAAAGGGAAUGAUGGGACAGGUGUGGAACAAAGUUAAUUCCCCCCCAAAAAAAAGAUGUAAAAUUUAUUAAAUCAGGAAGUGGAAAUCCUAUCAAUCAACUGUGUAGUCUGGUCUUCAAAUUUAUAGACAAUGAUAAAACUAUCAAUUUGGAAGAAUAAACGAAAAUGAGAAAAUGCAAUUAAAAUAAUUCCAUUGUUGUCUGUUUAAAUAUAUUGUUGAUGCUUAUCAUUUUCAAAAAAGCUUAAUGGACAUAAAUCAAUUGACACAACAAAGAGAUCAAAAGAGCUAAAGAAAAAAAGAUCUCUAGUUCCCAUGUUUUACACCUUCAUGUCACUGAAGUCAAACAGGUAUUGGCCACACUCUUGAUCAUCACUGCUAAAGGUUUAAUUGCUGUAAUCAAGGUUUAAUUGCUGUAAUCAAGAAUGGCUUUUUAGAUAACUACCUAUCA